CCUCUAAAAAUUCGAUUUGUUGCCUUGGUAUGCAGAUAUUUAAUUAUUCCCCGACUCGCUAACCAUGUUUUAAAACACUCGUCUCGUACUCAAACCCAACUCUCUACGAAACCAACUGUUCUCUCUCUGUCUCACAGAAGCUCUGCACCCAACGGCCCUUCUCUCUCUCUCUCUCUAACCACCUAUGCCUCUGCAGACCCUCGUUUCUCUCUAACUAACCUUAGGGAGAUCUCUCAUCCUUUGCGAGCAAGAACUAGAGGAACCCGUGGAGGCAAUAGCAGCAACCUCUUAAUCAGUUUCAGCAGUUUCCAGUCUAUUUACUCACUGUAAGGCGAUUUUGCCUGUGAUCCAAUGGAAAGAUGACCUAGUUGAUGUAUCAAAGGAGUCUCAUUCUUUGUACGAUAGAGGUUAGUGGUGAAUUGAGUGAAGAAUUUGGGUCUUAUGAAAAGAUCUUUGGGGUGGACUCCCUUGCAGACCAGGGAGAGGAGGAAUUGCAGAUUCAACUAAAGAAAUUGCUCAAAUGGGUACUGAAGCUCGCAUAAUUUGUCGAGUAUGCCAGAAGCAAUUUUCACAAUACACUUGCCCACGGUGCAACUCUCGAUAUUGUUCCCUUCCGUGUUACAAGAGGCAUGGUCUUCAUUGCACAGAAUCUUUCAUGCGGGAAAAUGUCAUGGAGGAAUUGCAUCAGAUUCAACCAGAAGAUGAAACAAAGCAAAAGAUGUUGGAUAUACUAAAAAGAUUUCACUUAGAAGAACAAGAAACCCCUAGUGAAACGUGUAACGAUGAGGAAGAUGAUUCCUUACUUUCUGAGGAGACCAUCCAAAAGAUUUUAUUCGGAAAUCAUGUAAACUUUUCCGAUCUAUCCGAGGAGGAAAUGAAGCGCUUCCAAAGGGCUGUGGCUUCAGGGGAGCUAAGCAAUGUGAUAGAGCCUUGGACCCCAUGGUGGUUAAAUCCUUCAGCAAAGUCACUCUCCUUAAGCCACAAAGGAACUCGCCUUGUCCAACCAUUACACAAAGAAAAUCCACCACAAGGGAACCCUGAUUCUCCCUUUAGCGAUGUGCCACCGGGCCCCGAAGCUCCGAUGGCCCCACUUAGCCAACUAACUAAAACUGAACCCUCUCCACUUUUAGCUGUCCACUUAGUGGAUGUUAUAUAUAGUUACUGUUUCACACUCCGCCUCUAUAAUGGGGAUUGGCAGUCUGACCCGCUUGGUGCUUCAAUGGUGCUUUUGAGCAUUUCUUCAGUUUUGGGCGAAGGCCAUAGACCUGAAACAGUUUCCGAGGCCUUGGCCCUGUGCUUGGAGAAGACAUGCUCUCCAUUAUAUAAACAUGUGGGAGGCCUAACGUUUGGCCUCAUUCUUUUUGAGGAUGCCAAGAGUUUGUUGUCACUUGGGGGGGCUGUUUUGGUUUGCAUGCUUAAUGAUUUGCAGAGGUUGAUGGAGGAAGGAGUGAGAGAGUUGAAGGGUGAGAAUAUAGGGAUUGGUAAGAAAAGUCGUGGAAGUGGGAGAAAGCUGAGGGCUGCUUCUAAGAAAGCUUACUUUCUGAUGUGUUGGGUUCAUGAACAAGGGAUGGGAAGAAAAGCAUGGUCAUGGUCCUCUUUGGCUGGUCUUGUGGGGGUAGAGAGAGCUGCUUUGGCGCAUACAAAUGUAGAGGACAAGUUUGCCAAUGUGAAGGGGAAGGAGGCAUGUAAGGCUAAGGCCAUAAUUGAGGAGGUCAAGUGAGAUUUUUUAUAUUAGGUUUAGGUCACAGCCAUCAUUGACCAUUAGAUUUGAAAUCAAAUGGAUCAUCUAUUAUAUUUCACAUCCAAUGGUUAAAAGUGAUUGUGAUCUCCUUGUACAAAAAAUAAAUGCUCUCAUAGUAUACAAUCUUUUUUGUCUUGGGCUUAUUGUACAUAUUAUUUAAGUUUACUAUAAAGGGUGUACAAACCCGUGCUAGUAACUAUUCCAAAUGAUCAUGUUUAUUUUAAUGAAAUUUUGAAAUUAAAUCAAA